UUUUUCCAUCGCUGUAAACCCUUUCACGGUCGCCUUCUAUGGCGUUAUCCCUUCUUCGUGUUAUGGCUUCCGCCUCCGCCUCCUCCGCUCGCCUCCCUCUUGCUCAUAAACGCCUCUUCUCCGCCUCCAAAUCUCUUACACGUCUUCCUUCUCCUCCGUCUCUCACUCUCGCUCGUCGAUCUCUUCCUCUGCUUUCCCAUGCCGUUCGAUCCACACCGUGCGCCCCCUGGCUUACCUCGAUUCGUUGCCGUGUUAAUCGGUCUGGUAACUCCGGUUACGCGCCUCUUAACUCCAACUCCAACUUCAGUGAUCGUCCACCCACUGAGAUGGCGCCACUUUUCCCUGGCUGUGACUAUGAGCAUUGGCUCAUCGUGAUGGACAAGCCUGGUGGUGAGGGUGCCUCUAAGCAACAGAUGAUUGAAUGCUACGUUCAGACCCUCGCUAAAGUUCUUGGCAGUGAAGAGGAAGCGAAAAAGAAGAUUUAUAAUGUUUCCUGCGAGAGGUAUUUUGGAUUUGGGUGUGAGAUUGAUGAAGAGACCUCCAAUAAGCUUGAGGGCUUGCCCGGUGUUCUCUUUGUUCUUCCUGAUUCUUACGUCGACCCUGAGUAUAAAGACUAUGGGGCUGAGUUGUUCGUGAAUGGUGAAAUUGUUCAAAGGUCACCAGAGAGACAGAAAAGGGUGGAGCCACAGCCUCAAAGAGCUCAAGAUAGACCGAGGUAUAAUGAUCGGACCCGGUAUGUUAGGCGCAGAGAAAACAUGAGGUGAGGCAUUUGAGAAGUGAGAAUAUGUGCAUAUGAUGAGUAGAAAGAAGGGGGAAGACAAAAUUGGAAAAUUGUUUUGUCUGUAAUCUCCAUUCUGGUAUGUAAUAGAUCAGAAUCAUGGCGUUUUUAGGAGGUGGUAAUUUUUGUUGUUAACUUGUUGCCUUUGGUGAACAUCAUGGACAAACUCGAUAUGGUUCUUUAUAGUUUUCCUACUCAUCUUGAUUUUGUUAGUAA